AGGAUUAGCUCCAAAUAUCACGUGCUCUCCUCCCUCCGUGUAGAGAGGCACAUUUUAAAAAGAAGGGGCCAGUUCCCCACCCCGGAUCUCCAGACCUUCCACCCUAGCCGGUGCGCGCCAGCCCCAGACCCCUCUGCCAGACCCCGGAGCAGCGCACGCAACAUGUGCGCGCCAAGCCCGCGCGCCGAGCCCAGAGCAGGCAGCCAGCCAACUUGUCCCGGCGUGCAGCGCGCCGCGCACGUGACCCCGCCCCCUGCCAUUGGUCCGGGCGCGAGGGGCGGGGCCGUCGCGGAGCGAGCAAGCCAAGCGCGGCCUCAUUAGACCACGGGCUGCAGUCGGAGCGGCUGGGAGGAUCGUGCGCUUCUCGGGGGUCGGUCGGAGGCGGGGAGGCCGGAGCUGCGGGCGUGGGGACCUGGCGGCUCCUGAAGCGCAAGCUGGCGGGCAGCAGGAUGGGCCUCUCCGCUGCGGCCCCGCUGUGGGGCCCCCCGGGGCUGCUCCUGGCCAUCGCCCUGCACCCAGCGCUGUCGGUACCCCCGCGCCGGGACUACUGCGUGCUGGGCGCUGGGCCCGCGGGCCUGCAGAUGGCCUACUUCCUGCAGCGCGCUGGACGCGACUAUGAAGUGUUCGAGCGCGCCCCGCGGCCCGGCAGCUUCUUCACGCGCUACCCGCGGCACCGCAAGCUCAUCAGCAUCAACAAGCGGUACACUGGCAAGGCUAACGCCGAGUUCAACCUCCGCCACGACUGGAACUCUCUGCUCAGCCACGACCGCCGGCUGCUCUUCAGACACUACUCACGUGCCUACUUCCCCGACGCCCGCGACAUGGUGCACUACCUGGGUGACUUCGCGGACACACUGGGGCUCCGUGUCCAGUAUAACACCACCAUCGCCCACGUCACUCUGGACAAGGACCGACGGGCCUGGAAUGGCCACUACUUCAUCCUAACCGACCAGAAGGGCCAGGUGCACCAGUGCAGCGUCCUCCUUGUAGCCACUGGCUUAUCAGUCCCCAACCAGGUUGACUUCCCUGGCUCCGAAAACGUGGAGGGUUACGAGUCUGUGUCCAUAGACCCUGAGGACUUUAUAGGCCAGAAUGUGCUGAUCCUGGGCCGUGGGAACUCAGCCUUUGAGACAGCAGAGAACAUCUUGGGUGUCACAAACUUUAUCCACAUGCUCAGCCGCUCCCGGGUCCGUCUGUCCUGGGCCACCCACUACGUUGGAGACCUCAGAGCCAUCAACAAUGGCCUGCUGGAUACCUACCAGCUGAAGUCCCUGGAUGGGCUGCUCGAGUCUGACCUGAGGGAUCUGGCCAUCCUGAAGGAUAGCAAAGGCAAGUUCCAUGUCACCCUGAAAUUCUUCCUGGAAGAAGCCAGCACCAACCAGAGUGCCGACACCAUCACCCUCCCCCAGGAUGACAAUGACAACUUUGCCAUGCGCGUGCCCUAUGACCGAGUCAUCCGCUGCCUGGGCUGGAACUUUGACUUCUCCAUUUUCAAUAAGUCCCUCCGACUUAACUCGGGAAAUGCAUUCGGCAAGAAGUACCCGCUAAUUCGAGCUAGCUACGAAUCCAAAGGAAGCCGGGGUCUGUUUAUCCUGGGUACCGCCAGCCACUCAGUGGACUACCGGAAAUCUGCUGGGGGCUUCAUCCACGGAUUCCGAUAUACAGUGCGUGCUGUUCACCGGCUCCUAGAGCACCGCCACCACAGCGUCGCCUGGCCUGCCACCGAGCUCCCCAUCACACAGCUAACCAGCUCCAUCGUGCGGCGCGUGAAUGAGGCUUCUGGGCUCUACCAGAUGUUCGGUGUGCUGGCCGAUGUCAUCCUGUUGAAGGAGAAUGCCAUGGCCUUUGAGUACCUGGAGGAGUUCCCCGUACAGAUGCUGGCCCAACUGGAGACACUCACAGGGAGGAAGGCAAGGCACGGGCUCUUCGUCAUCAACAUGGAAUAUGGCAGAAAUUUCUCUGGCCCCGACAAGGACGUCUUCUUUGAUGACCGGUCUGUGGGGCACACGGAAGACGCCUGGCAGUCUAACUUCCUCCAUCCUGUCAUCUACUACUACAGAUACCUCCCCACCGAACAGGAGGUGAGGUUCCGCCCUGCACACUGGCCCCUGCCUCGGCCCACGGCCAUCCACCACAUCGUGGAAGACUUCUUAACAGACUGGACCGCCCCGAUCGGGCACAUCCUACCUCUGAGGCGCUUCCUGGAGAACUGUUUGGACACCGAUUUGCGAAGCUUCUAUGCAGAGUCCUGCUUCCUGUUCGCCCUCACGCGCCAGAAGCUGCCACCCUUUUGCCAGCAGGGAUACCUGAGGAUGCAGGGACUCGUGAGUACCGAGAGCCUUCGGCAGCACAGAGUGGAGAACAGGCUCCUACGGGACGAUGCCCCCAUGGGCAGGGACCUGGAGGACAGCAGCCAGCAGCCUGGCAACCAAGAGCUACUAGGUGCCCCCCUGGCUCCAGGGCCUCUGGCCCAGUCCCUCGAUAGCAACAAGGAGGAGCUCUGACUGUCCCUUCCUAGGCUGUGGACACAGUGGCCAGGCCUCCCCACCCAGGCCCAUGGUCAGUUCCUCUUUCCCUGCAACCUCACGCUCCCACCGGUGUGUGAUUGCCAAAGACCACUCAGAUCAUGGCAGUGACUGCACCAAAGCCACCAGACGGCACGUGAGAGCUGAAAGUCAGGGAUACGGUGGUCUCCUCCCUCCUGUCCAGAGGCAGAAGAAGGGCAUCCUCCGCCAGGUGUGAGCUGCCUUCCUCAGCCCAGCUUCUCUGCAGUGGAGCAAUCGCUGCGCCCCAGGCCAGCCUGGUUCUGCCCCCUCUCAAGUGCCCCUCUUCCUUCCAGGCCCCUCCUCAGAUGGGCUUGCGUCCCGCCUGUGGAGCGCUUCACAGGGGAAACCCAUCUGCAUCUUAAGGGUUUGUGGCAAGUGCUUUAAAACAAAAGCUCUCAUAUCCUCAACAACCAACGGGCAGUUGCGAUUGUUGCCCCAGACGACUGCUGAAGACACCAGCUGAGAGAUGUCAAGUAAUUCCCAGGGACCCCCAGCUGCGAGUCCCCGUCUGUGUCACUUGCCACACACUGCCUCAACUCCGCCCCAUUUUCAGCAGCGUUUGAACUUAGCUACGGAGCCCAAGAGGGUCAGCCCUGCUUAUCAUCGUAGGCCCAGCAGGCUGCUCUCCAGCAGCAAUAGGACAGCUCCCUGAAAGCCAUCUUAUCUCAGCAACUUUCUCCUUGAGCAGCAAGAUUCAGAGCUGCUCUCCCCAGUUGCACCCUCGACUCAUCUUCCGGCUGGCUCUUCUCCCCCACCCUACUCCCUGCCCUCUGCCAUCCUGAACCACGCCUUGCUUCUAACUUGCCUGGUCAAGUUUUGUAAAACAUAUCCUGCUGUCUCUGUGGUGGGCACCCAUAUGUGCUCACCAUGUGUAAGGUGACAUUUCCUAAUGCCUUUACGUGAUAAUGAUGAUGAAUUUGGUUCCUGGUCUCUGCUUCAUUGUCCUUCCUCACCAGCAGUCUGCAUUCUCCCGUCGGGCAUCUUAGUCUCAUUUAUAAGGGCAUACUAUAAUCACAGUGAUUUUUCAAAGCCCAGGAUCAUAGGUGAUUGCUUUUUCACUGGUUCUUACUAGCUCUUCAUGUAUCCACUCAGAAUUCCAAGGACAAUCCCAGCACUUUGGGAGGCCCAGGCAGGCAGAUCACCUGAGGUCAGGAGUUUGAGACCAGGCUGACCAACAUGGAGAAACCCCAUCUCUACUAAAAAUACAAAACUAGCCAGGCGUGGUGGCACAUGUCUAUAAUCCCAGCUACUUGAGAGGCUGAGGCAGGAGAAUCACUUAAACCUGGGAGGCAGAGGUUGCGGUGAGCCGAGACAGCGCUGUUGCACUCCAGCCUGGGUAACAACAGGGAAACUCCAUCUCAAAAAAGAAAUUAAUUAAAUUAAAAUAAAGCAUGCACUGGGUGCAAUUGCUCACACCUGUAAUCCCAGCACUUUGGGAGGCUGAAGCGGGCCAAUCAUCUGAGCUCAGGAAUUCGAGAACAACCUUGCCAACAUAGCAAAACCUGGUCUUUACUAAAGAUAAAAAAAAUUAGCUGGGCAUGGUGGUGCAUGCCUAUAAUCCCAGCUACUUGGGAAGCUGAGGCAGGAGAAUCGCUUGAACCUGGGAGGCGGAGGUUGCAGUGAGCAGAGACCAAGCCACAGCACUCCAGCCUAGGUGACAAAGCAAGGCCUGCAGUGAAACGUCCAUACCCCAUCUCAAAAAAAUAAGAAUAAAGUAUGCUACAACAAAAGUGAAAAAAAUUCUAAGAACCCAGGCUUUCUGGAUCCAAAGCUCUUUCAUGGGGAUGUCCUCUUCCCCUCUUGGCUAGGUCCAGACUUUUUCUUUUUUCUUUUUUCUUUUUUUUUUUUUUGCAAUGGAGUUUCGCUCUUGUCACCCAGGCUGGAAUGCAAUGGCACUAUCUCAGCUCACUGCAACUUCUGCCUCCCGAGUCCAAAUGAUUCUCCUGCCUCAAUCUCCUGAGUAGUUGGGAUUACAAGCGCCUGCCACCACACCCAGCUAAUUUUUGUAUUUUUAGUAGAGACAGAGUUUCACCACAUUGGCCAGGCUGGUCUCAAACUCCUGACCUCAGGUGAUCCACCUGUCUCAGCCUCCCAAAGUGUUGGGAUUACAGGUGUGAGCCACCAUGCCUGGCCCAGUCCAGACUUAAACACCUGGCCCCACUGUCUGCAGACACAGUUCACUCCAGUUCUUCUCAGAGUUACAAGAAGAGGACUCCAGUAGCCUUAUUCUGUCAGGGACAAAUUAUUUACCCCAUGAUAAUGUAGGAUAUAAUAAAUUCCUCUUCAAAGGUUUUAGCCUGUAAAUUGUUAAAUACAAUGAGUUCUGAGAUCCUCUCCAAAGAACCAAUGAACCAAUGUAUCAGUGUGUUCAGCUCCCCUGUUAUUUGUUCUUCAUUUUAAAGUUUAAUUUCCUCAUUCUUUAUGUCUCCUUGCCCCUAGUUUCAGUAAACAGCCCCCUCCUAGCCUCUGUCACCUGCUCUGACCUGAGUCACCUUUAGUCACCUGGUCCGGAACUGUCUUUCCUGUCAAAACUGCUCAGCCCGCCACUCCGGCUCAUACCCCUGCUCUCUUUAAAAUAGCCAGUAGGAAUUAGCUUAGAUUGUGUGGUCCAACCCUAGCCAAUAGGGGAACAACACAGCAGUAGGGGCUACCUGCACCAGAGAUAAGAACUCAUUCCCCUCCCUCGUCCAGGUGUGCUCUCGCCAUUGCACCAUCCACGAGAUGCACCCUUCUAUAGAAGUAAAAUUGCCUUGCUGAGAAAA